CCCUACAUCGCUGUGGUGGCAGGGGCCCUGGCCACCUGCAACAUCCCUCUGGCCUUCCUGGAGCCCACCAUCGCCAACUGGAUGAAGGAGUCCAUGGGGGCCAGCGAGUGGGAAGUGGGCCUCACCUGGCUGCCCGCCUUCUUCCCCCACGUGCUGGGCGUCUACGUCACCGUCCGGCUGGCCGCCGCGUACCCUCACCUCCAGUGGUUUUACGGGGCCCUGGGCAUGGCCAUUAUCGGCGCCAGCUCCUGCCUGGUGCCAGCCUGCAGGAAUUUCGGGCAGGUCAUCGUUCCCCUCUGCGGCAUCUGCUUUGGCAUCGCCCUGGUGGACACGGCCCUGCUGCCCACGCUAGCCUUCCUGGUGGACGUGCGACACGUCUCUGUCUACGGCAGCGUCUACGCUAUCGCAGAUAUCUCCUACUCUGUGGCGUACGCCCUGGGACCCAUCGUGGCCGGCCAGAUUGUGCACACCAUGGGCUUUGCACAGCUCAACCUGGGCAUGGGGCUCGCCAACGUGCUUUACGCCCCUGUCCUCCUGUUCCUCAAAAACGUCUGCCAAAUGAAACCCUCUCACUCGGAGACGAACAUCCUCCUUGAAGAAGGACCUAAGGGACUCUACGACACCAUCAAAAUGGAGGAACGCAAAGGCAUAGGCAAAAGCCACCGGCCAGCAGGCGAGACGGAGGAGAACGGUAUGGACUCCUACCGCAGAGACCUGACAGGGGUGUCUGAGGAGGACUCGUCAGACUAUGAGUACAGUUAG